UGGCACUCGGCACUGAACAGAGCAGAAUGUGCCUGCUGGCUGGCAGCAGCUGUGCUGGCCUCAGGGCUGGCCACCAGCACACGUGUGCUGGCCAGGGCAGGGCCCCGCACCCACGGCAGCAGCACCUGGGCACAGAGCAGCCCCAGGGCCAGCACUGCCAUCCCAGAACAGCUGACUCCAUCCCACGGCAGCCAGCUCCCGCUGCAGCCCUGCUGCCUCAUCACCAGCCAUUGCUGGGGCUUUGCAAUUUCUGUGAAAGCUUAAAGCAAAACCUCACCCUUUCCAAAGACAGGAAUUUCCCACCCCGUCAUCUCAGUGUCAAAGUCUCCACUCCUUGUCCCACGCACCCGCCUGCAGCACCUCUGUGCGGUACCGCUGGCUCUGCUCAACAUUCACUUUUGCAAAGAUGCUGCUUCAUGAGGAUAUUUCAAUCCAAGCCUUGAAUAAUCUCUCCUUACUGUUUCAUCGAAAUUAUUCCAUACGCAAGACCCUUGUUUCCACCCUCAGCAUGAGAUAUGCUUCCCUUGCUAGUACUCAAGGAUUGAGCAUCAACCCCGCUGCCCAGGGCCCUACAAACCCUGCCCGUAGGGGCGGUGGCUACGGCAGAGCAGAACCCCCCCAGGCCCAGUGCCAGAGCUCCGCAGCAUCCUGCAGGGGAGAGGAAGGGGAAAGGCUCCCCAGGCACCGAGAGCUCUCCAGCCAUGUGUGUGCAAAACUUCUGCCCACGCCACGUGACAGAGGAAGAGGCUCAGAUCCAUUACACAAUAAUAAAAAUAUGCCUUUGGCAAAGCUGAGCCAAAACCUAGAGCUGCAGCAGGAAGCCAGCAAUCCAUGCAAAACGGGGAAAAACAUUAAUAGAAAAGAAAGACCCACGAAGUCAGAACUCGGAAGGACGCAGUCGCGGGAGGACGGGGUUUGUGCUCCAUGACGUGACAGCAAUCUGCAGCAAAACAUCUGCUGGAAGCCGAGCGGAAUCCCAGCGCCUGUCAAGAUCUCGCUGAAGAGAUUAAGCCUCGGCUGUGCCAUGAUUUCUGCUGUCCUCCUCCUCUGGACUGUGCCCUGCGUGGCCAACCACAUCCUCGGGGGCUUCGCCAAGGCAGCGCUGCAGGAGAGCCCCCAGCUGACGUGCAGCCUGCCGGGCCCCCCUGGGCCUCCCGGCCCUCCUGGUGCACCUGGAACUCCGGGGACAGUUGGCAGGAUGGGCUUCCCAGGGAAAGAUGGCAAGGACGGCAAGGACGGGGACAAAGGUGAUCACGGUGAUGAAGGUCCACCUGGCAGAACAGGAAACCCAGGCAAGCCGGGACCAAAGGGGAAAGCAGGAGCUAUCGGCAAGGCAGGCCCACGAGGACCAAAGGGAUUAAAGGGUAAUCCUGGAAAAAAUGGAGCACCAGGAAAGAAAGGACCCAAAGGGAACAAAGGUGAGCCUGGGAUGCCAGGACCCUGCACCUGUAAUGCCAACAAAGCCAAAUCUGCCUUCUCUGUAGCUGUCUCUAAGAGCUACCCAAGAGAAAGGCUCCCCAUCAAAUUUGACAGGAUCCUGAUGAACGAGGGAGGACAUUACAAUGCUUCCAGUGGGAAAUUUGUGUGCAGCAUCCCAGGUAUUUACUACUUCACUUAUGAUAUCACUUUGGCCAACAAACAUUUGGCCAUUGGCUUGGUCCACAAUGGGCAGUACCGGAUCAAGACUUUUGAUGCCAACACUGGGAACCAUGACGUUGCCUCUGGAUCAACCAUUCUCUCUCUGAAGCGAGAGGAUGAGGUGUGGCUGCAGAUCUUUUACUCUGAACAAAAUGGGCUCUUUUAUGAUCCCUACUGGACAGACAGCUUAUUUACUGGCUUCCUGAUCUACCCUGACCAAGAUUAUCUCAAUGAAAUAUAGAGUGAGAAACAAGCCCGUGGGGGAAAAAAUAUAAGAAAUGAAUGUGACUUCAGCAAAGUGUAGCCUGUACCUGGACAUGUGUGGUCUUACUGCAUAAUUUCACAUUUUUGGCAGUACCAGCCCAUAUUGGCAAUACAGAUAUUUACUUGACGUCACCAACUAGUCCACAAAGUGUAUCAGGAACGGUAGGAUCAAUCUUUAAGUGACCUCGUGACUCUGUAAAUCUUGAAGCCACCUGUUAUGUCUUCCCACUGCCAUUCAAACAUGCCACAGACGUGUAACUUGAUUACUGGUGCAGCAUGUUUUGUUUUUAUAUUAUUGUAAUGCAUGGAGACCAAAAAACCAUUUCCCGAAUACUGAGCUUACAAGUGCCAUUGAUGUUGGAGAUUGUAUCAGUGCCCCUCCUUCCGCCACUCUCAUUAAUAAUAAUAAUAAAACUUGCUACACUUAACCAGCUACUUAAAAGUCAGGAAGUUAUCAGCUGCCGUUACAAAGGUACCAGCAACCCUCAGCCUCAUCAAAGCAGUACUAAUAAGCAAAGGCAUCCGGUUUAAAUAGGACACAAAGAAGAGAGCUCAUUUAAGGCUGAAGGUGAAGCUCCUGGUAAGACACAAGCCACCACAUCGAGCACUGCUGGCGCUGCUCAGAGUUGAGCCGCAAUACAGCAGUGCUGGAAUCUUGCAUCUGCUUUCAGACGAGCGUCGAAAAGCUGUGACCAGAACCUGACAUUGGCUGUGCAAGCCCAAUACCUGCCAGCCUCCAACCCAUGGCAGAGGGAAACGCUGCAGAAAAGACUCGGUUUUUAGAGUGCAUGAACCUUCACUCCAGAAACAGGUUCAUCACCACUCCCACUCCUCCAUCCCUGCCAGCUUUUGCUGGAAGGAAACACUCAUGGUGCUGCUGAGAUGCUCCUCAAGGGCUUAAUGCUGCAGAUAGACUCUGUCUUACUGACGUGCUUUGCCUUUUUUGGAUGUCAAAUAUUACACAUGAUCCAAUGCUAACAUAGUGGUUCUAAACUGCAUUAAAAAGAAAAACAAAGCAGAAGAGGCCAGAGAUGAGCUUUUUGGUUUCACUAUGAUGAGCUUUGCAUUUUCCCCCAUCCCACCCAGCAGCCAUACAGGGAUAUGCUCCCAAAUGGAGCACCACCAUCACAGCAAAGAGAGCUCUCCUGUGUAAGGCUGCUCACUAGUUGCCUUGCCCCAGCUCAUGCAGCCACUCUCUACCAGAAGUCCGUCUGCAGUCAGAGAAAAGGAGUCUUCCUCAAUAUCUGAGGCAUCUUCUUGGUUUCCACACUCAUAUUUCUUGUCUCCUCUACUGCUACAGAAAAGCUCAUAUCAAUUUCCAGUUCCUCUCAUCUGCACAUUUAGACAUUGAGGAGAUAGCUCAGAAGAACAAAUUAAGAGAUAUAUAUGUAUUUUAAUCUUUCUUCUACAAGUCAUUAUAUUUGCAUGAUUUUGUGAACAGAAUUGUGUUAUAUCUUCUGAAAAUGUUUUCAAAUACUUUUUUUUUUUAAAUAAAGCUGAACAAAACUACCAGUGGAACAUCCUUGAUGCUUAUUAAACAGUUUCCGUGAAAUUAUUUCAAAGCUGUUACAGAUUCCACAGAUGCUGCCAGUUUCAGUGAUGGAUUUUGUUGGGCUGGUUGCCACCAGCAUGUUUCCUCCCUCCUAACCCCAUAAGCCGGGGAGCACACACUUUCUGCUCUCUGUGCAAGGCUUUCUACAAGGUGGAACAGGGUCUGUCCAUCCCCCUGCAGCUGCUCACCCUGCUGGCAGAGGUCCUAUCCCAGCAGCAGCUGCACAGACAACGUGUUUUCCUUUGCAGUGCUCUCAUUUAGUAUGUCCUGGCCUGCAUUUUGCAGGCAGCAACAGUUCAAGCCUUUAUCUCUCAGUGCCCAGUCCUGCACUUCCACCAGCAGCCUGGGGAGGAGGCGGGGCUGCUGCCAAAAGGGAGAGAUCUUGUUCCCUUCCCAUCAACCACCUCCAGCAUGAUUUUGGUUUUCAAAUGGGUUACUGCUGAACCCCCUUGGUACAAGGCAGGCGCCAGAGCUAGGAGGGGAUGGCAGAGCACCACAGGGAAUAAGACUGAGGUGUGGAAGCAGCAGUCAGCAAUUAGCUCAGCUGUACUGCCAACCAGCUUCUAGGGCUGGACUCCCUGUUGUCCCAUUAUCUCAGCAGGGAGCAUUUCCCCAUCGUCAGUCCUCUCAGAGGCCCACUAGCUGGUUUCCCCUGAUGAGAAACCAUGGGAGUUAUUAGCUCUCUGGCAAAGUAUCCUUUUUGAUCUAGUGAAAGGGAAAACGUGCAAGCGCAUCCAAGUUGGGAAGAUCAAAAUGCAAGUUAUAAAGAAACCCCCUGCUAAGCAUUCAGUAGCACAGAGCUUGCUUUCUGUCCAGGGCUGAGGCUCUCCCCGCUGACCAGGAGCACUGGCUCCAGAACGCCCACAUCCACCCCUGGGAGCUGCCUGGGUCACAGUGCUGCUUCUGUGCAGCAUAGCUCAGCUCCAGCUCUGUGGAUCUGCUGCCAUCAAGGACUCAGGAGGGAAAGCUCAAACCAGUAAGAUACAGCAGGCAGAAGGGAGAGGACUGUUUCUUCCAAUUAUUUAACCUGCGAUUGGGCUGCAGUCAUUCAAAAAAUAUCAUACAACAAUUAUGUCUGUGAAAGAGACACGGUUGUUUGAAGUACAGAGAUUCCUCUGAAAAAGAUUCCUCUCUUCUUAGCAUGUUUUAAGAUUAACCAAAGCAACCAGUACGCUGAACAAGAUGGCUCCGCUCAGCACAAUUCUGCACAAAGCAUCUCCUCCAGCAGCUGUGGGCUCCCCUCCUUCUGCCUCCCCCAGGAGAGGAGGGAGGGAAGGGCAGCAGUGCUGGGAUUAUCGCAGAGCUGACCAUGGGAACACUGAGUUUGGGGUGUUUUUUCCUCUCUCAAAGUAACUGGCUCAGGCUUCAGAGCAUUUCAGAAAUGAUAUAUUCUGGCUUGCUCUCGCAUCUUCAGGCUGCACUUUGGUUUGCAGCUCUGUUUGUCUCCAGCCAAGCAGCUAUUUAUUUGGUUUUUAUGUGUACUUAUUUUUAUUGUUGGUAUUUUUUUUUUAAUGAAAAAUGAGAUCUGCAUAAGAUUUUUUUUUCCAGGAACAUGGAGUUUCUGGAAAAACACCAAGUAAAGAACUCCAGCUUUCACAGCCAAGCUGUCACAAGAGAGAACUGCUCCCACGCAGGCUGCUCGCCUCAGCCCAGGCAGCUCCCGGCACCUCCAUCGCAAUGGGAGCAGAGCUGGGAACGUCUUGGCCAGGCAAACAUGUGGCAGAUGCUGUCAUGAAGGAGGGAGGAAUGUCCUGGCCAAGGCAGGAUGCCAUGUGAGGGCAGUGGAUGCAAACAAGGCCCGUUGCACUGCAGCAGCCUUCUCCACUGCAAGCACCAGAGCCGCUCUUGGUUGCCUCAUGCACCGAGUUUUGUUACAAGGAGGUCCCUCUGGGCACUCAGCAUGCCAGGAGGAGGCAGGGAGUGCAACACCUACCCUCAGCAAUCAGUUAGCAAUGACAGCUCAGCUGCUUCAUCUCGUGGUUCACUAGAAGCCAGCACAGACACAGCUGCAAAAACACUCACACAGGUCCCCUCCACGGGGGCAAAGGGUUUCACUGCCACAUGAACUCCUCUCCACCACCACAGGGCUUUCUCCCUCCCACUUUCAUCCCCAAACCACACAGUUCAUGCCAGCAGAGCAGAGCCUUCCAGUCCCCAUCACACCUUCCCUCAGGGAGGCCAAGGGAGGCCCAGGAGCACCUGCCUCAUGCAGCUGUGUACCAUUCACCUGGGUGUGCACUGCUCUCCUGCCAGGUGACACUUCUGCCUUUGAAGCAACACAGGCCCAGCAGCAGAAGCUGCAGCAUGCCCUCUGGAUGAGGCAGGCCUGUGACUGCAGCCCCACAAGUCCCCAGCCCCUCACCCCCCAGCUCCAGGUGCAGCACCCCCAGCCUAGGGACACAGAGGCUGGCCUGGCCCUCAUGUGUGGCACCAGGGAUUUACUGCAGGGAAAAUAAUAAUGGGUCUCUCACCCAAGAGCCACAGUAGUACUGCUAUAACCCCAUAAUUACCUCAGCUCGAGGCAUUUUCAGUGAGCACAUGCUGGAGAGGCUGUGUCCCCAGGUGCUUAGCAGGCAGGUCAGGAAGAGAAAGACUCCUACAAGGGAGGGCCCCUUCACAGGGUUUCCAGUUUCCACAUAAGCUGGUGGCCAGGAGGAGGAACAAGGAAGUCCCCACGCUUCAGCUAUAGCGUAUUCAAAGGGACAUCAGGGAGGGCCUGGCUGGGCAUCUGUUCUUGGGCACAGAACUGAGGUACACCAGGCUGCUGGGAAGCAGAGGGCCCACAGACCCCCCAGCAUUUAUCACAGCCAGUGCUGUGCCCCCAGAGUCCCGGAUCUCAGCGUUCCAAGGUGAGGGGACAGGGCAGCCUCUCUGCAAGUCCCAUCACAACAGCGAACACCGCUGAAGGAAGAAGCCCUGCUUCCUUCUUGCUGUUUCUACCUCUGCUUUCUUGCUGUUUGUUUUGUGCUUGCUUCAGCUCCCUCAAUGAUCCUACAGAAUGUUAAAAAUUAUAGAAAGUUAGCCUGACAGACUACGUUUAACAAGGUGGGUCAGGUAGUGAAAAUACAAGCUGAAUGACAGAGCUACAAAGGAGCAGGGUGAAGCAGAGAGAUAGCAAAACAUAGAUAGGGAGAACCAGAAGGAAGGAAAAUCAUUUCUUUCAGUAGAAGAAAGCCACCACGCUCAUCUGAGUGAAAGCUCUCAAACUGGCUGAAAUUGUCGCUCAAGAUGUUGCUGAUACAAUCUGGCUUUGGGAUUUUGAUGAAACAUGGGGCAGCUGAGUAGCAUCAACCUGGGCUGUCCAUCUGGGGAAGGAAGAGCCCUGUGGGGGUAUGUGAGCAGGCACCAGUAAUCCCUUCUUGUGCUCACCUCUUGCUGGGCACCAGAGCAGCCCCCCUCUACUUCUGGUAGCAGGUGGGUGCUGGCAGCUGCCCCGAGCUUCAGAGCACAGCUACAAGCUCAGUGUUGUGCGUGGGACUUGAUUAAGAAGCCCAUUCUUUUCCACCAAGAGCACUCCAGCUCCUUGCUGAUUGAUACAGGUGCAGCCUCUGCAAUGCAGCAUUUCUGCUGUGUUCUUCCCCAGCUGAAGCCCAGUGUGCCAGCAGGUGAAAUACAGGUUGCCUGAGCCACUGCCUGGUAGACUGGAGGCUUGUGUCUUAGCUAUUUUCAGAUAGCUUUGUUCAGCCUGAAUGCAUUUUAUUGCCGUAGUGUCCAGGAUGGUGGGAUAGUAGUAAAGCUGCUCACUUGCUCAAGUUGAUCUGAUUCUUAAAGAAAAGCCCCUCAAUACUGAUACUCACUGAGGAACUAAGUUUACAUCAUUUAAAUCUCAGUGGCUGUACCUGUGCUUUACUCAGCCAUGCCUUAUUAAUAAUGAUAGAUGUGCAUAAACUUUGUCUAAAUUAAUAUAAACUCUUGGUGAGCCUAUUUACUUUGCAAAUUCUCCUGGGAUUUUUCUUUGAUCUCUCACAGCCUCUUUGCUGAACCACUUGCAAGUUUAAUGCAGGCAGUUCUGCUGGGGCUGAGGCCUGUGUUUUAACCUCGGCUGUACCCGUUAUAUCAGAACUCCUUCCUGGCCUGAAUGGUUCUUUUCAGAUGGAAAAGGUACACUGUAACUGCACUCAAUUUUUUUUAGAAUAAUAUUAUUUAACAGUAUUAAGGUUGAGAAUAAUGUUGAGAUAAUAUAGAGGUAAAAAAAAAAUCUAACAAAAUGAAUACAUCGCUGUGUGAAUCACAGCUGGGUUGUUUGUA